AUGGUAUCAGAAGCGACUCUGUUACAAGGUAGACUUGGCGAGUGGGUGAGAGAAAGUUCUCAGAGCAAUAACAAAAAAUUUAAUGACCGUGGCGUGCAUAAGAACAAAUUUUGCUCAACAGAAGCAGGACACAUUAAAAGCAAUGAUGUACUGCACCUUGCGUAUGAUGAUUCAGUCAGUGAAAAUGACAGCAUCAUUGAACAUGGUGUCUCCAAUUCAAAAAUAGAUUCUAACGGAGGCUAUGAUAAACUCGUAAGCCCAGUCAAUGGGGAAACACCUAAUUUGGGCUAUCAAUUCCCAUUUGCAGCCAGUUGUCAAGCAAAAUCGAGUUUCUCGGUGUUGGGUAAUAAUGAUACUGAUAUCUCGAAAAACCAAGCUGAUAGCGAGGAAAAUAAGGGCACUGGAUAUGGUAAAUCGAGUUCAAAUGUAGCAACUAACAUGUCAAACACCUCUUACACAGUUGUAGCUUCAUCUGUCACUUCUUCAGUUUCUAUAGACAAUGGCAUUGAAAAAAAGAAAAUAACAAGUCUUACCCUUACUGAGUCAGAAAUGUCACCUAGCUGGCGUUGUGAAUUAAGCAAAGUACGAGAAUUUUAUUCCCUUCAAAUAAACUGCGACCGCGGGGGUAAAUGCUUUGCAAAAAGUUACCAUCUAUGAAAAGAUGGAAAGAGUAAGUGCAUUGAUAUGGUUCUUAAAAAACGUAAAAGGCAUAGAGCCCUCUUUGAUCCAUUGUGUAGAUGCCCAGCUUGUCCAAGAGUUUGUACAUCACAUGAUGGAUAAACGAGGUACAAAGCCAACUACUUGUAGCCACUACAUAACAGCCUUUCUCAAUGUUAGAAGAGUACCUCUACCUGGAUUCUCGAAGAGGAGAUGAUUUUAGCCAAUCGCUACAAAAAGUUAGAGCCAUGCAAAGACAACUUGAACAUUUAUCUAGAAAGGAACGAGUGGACGACUUGGCUAGGAAACCUCAAGAAGACUAAGUCGUUUACUCAGAAUUACUCAAACUAUGCAGGGAAUGAAAGUGGGAGGUCUCCAAAAUGAAUGGUGCCUCUCAAGCAAGAACUUGCAUAAAUUUAUGUUUGCUACUGCUGUGUCGUGCGGGAAACCCUGGGUGAGUGAAAGAAUAUAUUACACUCCGAAUCUACCAAAACCAAUGUAGUGAAGAAUCGAAGGAUCAAAAUUUGAUAUGUUUUAACUAGGAUGUCACAGUGAUUUUGUUGGAAGAUUCUUAUAGGACCAGAUCUACUUAUGGGCCCAGUCGUACAGAUCUCACUCCACUGGACCUUUUAACACACUUUUCGAAACUAUACUAUUCUUAAAUGAGGCCUUGUUUGCUCAAUGGAAAAGGACACGAUCGAUUAUUUAUUUUUUUGCCAAUGCAUUUUCUCAAGCAUCUUACAGCAAUUACAUGUCAGCCUUGUUUGAGAAACACUUCUCUCAUAGAUUAACCACAGCUGAUCUGAGAAAAACAGUUAUGGCUCAUUCUUUGUCGUUGCCCCAAAGUAGUGAUUAUUCUCUGUGAGAAUCAUUUGCAACACUUGGGCUUGAUUUCCACAUAAAAACAGCCCCUGACUCACUAACUGAAUAAACCCUUAAAAAGAGGGUUCAUGUUUAGGGUUUGACAUUGUCAUCACCAUGGUUAGAGAACAAAAUUUGCUACACAUGUAUAGUCUAAUUCUAGACACCAGGGAAACGGCAAAUUUUGAUUUUCCUUUCCCACGUGCGCCAAGUUAUAGGGCAUGGCGUCUCCAAUUCAAAAAUAGAUUCUAAUGGAAGCUAUGAUAAAAUCGUAAGCCCAGUCAAAGGGGAAACAUCUAAUUCGGGCUAUCAAUUCCCAUUUGCAGCCAGUUGUCAAGCGAAAUCGAGUUUCUUGGUAUUGGGUAAUAAUGAUACUGAUAUCUCGAAAAACCAAGCUACAAUCUUCAUGUGGCUGAUGCUGGAAGGCAGGUUCAAAAAUUCCCCAGCACUGCGCCUGUACUUGGCACAUGGAUUUGACAUUUUUGGGAUGUAUGGAACAGCAGUAAUGAUGUCGCUGUGUAAUGUCAGAGAGCAAAGUGUGAACAGGAGCUUGAAACAACUGGUGAACAGAUUGGAAAGCACAUUCCUUAUUCGUUGCUUGAAGCAAAACCAGGCACAACCAUCUGUUGAAGAUUCAAACAGCCAG